ACGUUGCUAUGAAAAACAGAACAAGUCGCUGCUGCAUUUUAGGAUGCCAAAAAACUAUAUAUAAUACUAUUAAUAGUAUAUUUUCUAUAAAGUACUAACUAUUAUAUUAAUAAAACGACAUAAUCGCAUCUCUUUAUUUAAAAUAACAUAACGUUUCUCUUUCUUAUCCUAAAACACAGCUCAAAGUGAAGUGAUGCCUCUUUCAGAAACCAUGUACUGCGCUCAGCAGAUCAACAUCCCUCCAGCUCUGCCCAAUAUGUUAAAGCAGUUCACUAAAGCAGCAAUAAGGACACAGCCUCGUGAUGUGCUGCAGUGGGCAGCUGACUAUUUUUCAGCAUUAUCCAAAGGUCAGGACCUGCCAGUCAAGAAGAGGCUGGAAUUGCCAGUGGCGACUCAAAAGACAGACACAGGACUUACACCAGGCCUUCUGAAGAUCCUUCAUCAACAGCUUACAUCUAAAGAAACAGUUACAAAAGAUGAGCUUCUUCCCAAGUGGAAAGCCCUACACUUGCCUGUGGAACAGCUUGACACUAUCCUCGCACUUGGAAACUUCAGCGAAAACAUUAACUGGAUGCAGUUUUUUGCUUUGGCAUGCAGCGCUUUGGGUGGGAGCAUCACGAGUGCUUUGAAACAUGCAUGUGAAAUACUCACAGAGGACCCUGAGGGUGGUCCAGCACAGAUUCCUUUCCACAUGUUUCGCAGUCUGUACACAUACUUGGCCCAUCUGGAUGGAGAAAUUCCUGAAGAACAGAUCGACAGUUUCUUGCACAGUUUAGAAGGGCAAGCACAAAGCCAAGGAGGAAUGGUGCAACCUUCAAACUUUACAAGCCUCCAUACUGCUGAGAAGUAAAAUCCAGAUGGCCUUCAAGCACUCAAAAAUAUUGAUUCUAGUUACUGUGUUCUGUUUUUGCCCUCUUUAUCCGGUAUAAUGUGGUGUGAUUGUAUUAUUUAACCCCAAAUAAAUUCUCGUAUCUUAAA